CACACCUUGAACACCUGACCAGACAGAUCGUGGAGCAGACGUACACACACACACGUCGGGAAAAAAAGGAAGAGAAGAAGUUUUGUUUGUUUGGGAAACGUAAAAGAGACAUCGAACACGAUGGAGAAACAGGAGCAGUUCUCCCGGGGAAUGGGACUGCUAAAGACCUUUGAUUCUGACGAGUUUAUGAGCUGGGAGAAAGUUGGAUCGGGUGGUUUUGGACAGGUUUACAAAAUCCGACACGUUAACUGGAAAACAUGGCUUGCCAUCAAGUGCCCUCCAAGUCUCCAUGUGGAUGAGAAGGAGAAUGCAGAACUGCUGGAGGAAGCGAAGAAGAUGGAACUGGCAAAGUUUCGCUAUGUUCUCCCAGUGUAUGGGAUCUGCAAGGAUCCAGUGGGGCUCGUCAUGGAGUACAUGGAGACCGGUUCACUGGAAAAAUUGCUGGCCUCGGAAAUAUUACCAUGGGAACUACGUUUCCGUAUCAUUCACGAGACAGCGGUGGGCAUGAAUUUCCUUCACUGUAUGUCCCCACCUCUAUUGCACCUGGAUUUGAAGCCUGCAAACAUACUGCUGGACGCACAUCACCAUGUCAAGAUCUCAGACUUUGGCUUGGCAAGAUGGAAUGGAUUGUCCAACUCGCAAGACAUCAGCAUAGACGGUUUCUGCGGUACAAUCGCGUACCUUCCCCCCGAACGUCUAAGGCAGAAGAGGAUUUCCGACAUUAAGCAUGACGUAUAUAGUUUUUCAAUUGUCAUCUGGGGAAUCUUGACACAGAAGAAGCCCUUUGCAGCUGAAACCAACAUUCUGCACAUCAUGGUCAAAGUAGUCAGUGGAUUUCGCCCCGAGCUGUCGGCAAUUCCAAAGCCCAGGCCACCAGCGUGCAAGAGACUCCUAAAGCUAAUGCAGCAGUGCUGGAAGGAAGCUCCCAGUGAGCGUCCAACCUUUCAAGAAAUCACGGCAGAAACUGAAGAACUCAGCACCAAGCCACAAGAAACCGCACAGGAGAAACAGUCUUUCCAUUCCAGACAAACUCGUGAAGCAACCAAAAAGGAUCCCACAGUAGCUGUCGAGCAGCCAGCUCAGAAGGGACUGUCCAAGCGGGCGUUCGACAGUGAGGAAUGCAGCCUUUCCCAGCUGCUUUCCCAGUUGGACUCUGGUAUCUCCCAUGACUUUGAGUCAGCUGGCAAUGAAUGUCCUUCGAGCAGGGAGAUGGCGGACAGCAAGAAGCGCCUGUCGGGAAUCUCGUCCAUCGACUCUGCAUUCUCAUCCCAGGGAUCCUUAUCGUUAUCUUUUGGGAAGGAAGCCGGAGGAAUUGAGCAAUCUGUCUCCAAUAUACCAAAGAAGAAACUGUAUGAGGCCAUCGUGUCUGGAGAUGUGGGAAAGUUGAUGAAACUCCUGCAGCCUCAAGACGUAGACAUGGUCUUGGACGAUGGCAUGAGCCUGCUCCACUAUGCGGUUCAGCUGGACAACGAGGAAGCCGUCCGUCUGCUGCUCCUGUACAACGCCAACCCGAACAUCGGCAACAAACGAGGCUCCACGCCGCUGCACCUGGCUGCGGAGAAGAACCUCAACGUCAUCGCCGAGCUGCUCCUGGGGAAGAAGGCCAACGUCAAUGCCAAGGACGAAGACCUGUGGACCCCCCUCCACUUUGCCGCGCAGAGUGGGGAAGAGACCCUGUCUCGGCUGCUGCUGGACAGGAGCGCUUCAACGAGUGAGGUGGACUUUGAGGGCCGGACAGCGCUCCACGUAGCUUGCCAGCACAGCCACGAGAACGUGGUCCGCGUCCUGUUGAGCCGGGGGGCCAACGUGCAGGCCAAAGGGAAGGACAACUGGACACCUUUGCACUUUGCUGCCUGGCAGGGACAUCACACCAUCACCAAGCUUCUCAUCAAGCAGGCCAGGGCGGACAAGGAAGGGGCGACAGCGGACGGGAGAACCCCUCUCCACCUGGCGGCCCAGAGAGGUCAGUACCGGGCGGCCCGCAUUCUCCUGGAGUCCAAUGCCGACGUGAGCAGGAAGACCUUGAGAUGCCAGACGCCUCUUCACCUGGCGGCCGAAAACGGCCACACCAGCACCUCGCGGCUCCUGAUCAAGCACGGCGUGGAUCUGGACGCAACCACGGCGGAGGGGUGGACCUCUCUCCACCUGGCCUCCGGCCGCGGCCACCUGCCAACCAUCAAGAUGCUGCUGGAAGAGAAGGCGGGCAUCGAGGUCCUGGGCCGCCUCCAGAGGACGGCUCUCCACUUAGCCGCAGAUAACGGUCACGGCGAGGUGGUGAGGUGGCUGCUCAGCAGCACGGCAAACAUAAACGCUACAGAUGACGAAGGGCUUACACCCCUGCGCUUAGCACUGCGGUCUGGACACCCCCUAUCUGUCGACAUCCUCCUCGCUCACGGGGCUGAUACUACGUUGCACGGGACAAUGAUUCAGGCGCCGCCAUUGAGUCUCGUAGAAGAAGAUGGGAGCAACUUCCUCAACGAUGCGCUGACAGACUUGGACGUCGAAGGGUUGUGAGAUGACCAAGGAUCAGGAACGUCGGCGACAGAACUGAACCUCCAACCCUGUUGAGUUACUACGCUGGGUUACCCGAGAUGGGAGGACUGCUUAAACAGUGGAAGAACUCCCAUUUAAUGCAACUGCCCAUUUAACGGGCUUCGACAGGAAGACACCUGGGGAAUUGCCACCAGUGCAUCGAGAUGGCGGAGGACAAAGUCAAGAGGAAUGGCCGUGGGCCAAAGCUUUGCGCAACUAUUCUGCGCUGUCCAAACACAAUCCAUUGGGAGCUUUAGUCAAUGGACAACCCCAUUUUGAAACCUCAAACUAUUUAAUUGCUGAGUUGACAGCACGACAAUCAAAAUAGGCUGUCAAUUCUUCACAAGUUAUGGGAGUAGAAUUAGGCCAUUCGGUCCAUCGAGUCUACUCCAUCAUUCAAUCAUAGCUGAUCUCUGCCUUCUCAUCCCAUUCACGAUCCUAAUCCAAUUCUGAAAUGUAUUGAUGAGACUGGUCGAGAGAUACGUUUCAGAAUUGGAUUAGGGUCAUGGAUGGGAUCCACAAUUUAACUCAAUGGAUAACUACUAUUCCACACUUAAAUGAGGAGAUUAUCUCCGACUCUUAUCAAAGCAGAAAUGAAAAGCAGCACUUGAUCAUGAGCUUUCACAUGUUACAUGGAAGAUGCACAUUAAAUAGGGUAACCCAUUUUGUCCUUCCCUGCAUCUGCAUAGUAGAAACCAGGAACUGCAGAUGCUGGUUUACGAAAGAAAACACCAUGUGCUCUAGUACCACAUGUCAGGUAGCAUCCCUGGAGAACAUGGAUAGAUGAUGUUUUGGGCUGGGA